UGUUUUGUGAUGUGCGCGGAUCGCGCGCAACUUGUAAACAAUCGCAAUCACAGUACGUACCGCGUUCGUGAAGGAAGAUAUUUUGCAGCAUGAUUAAAAGACCCACUAAGAAGGAUAGUGAAAAUGAGAUCCUGCGCAUGCAGCAGGAGUUUUACGCCGAGCAAAACCGGGACGUGAAUUUCCAACCAGCAGCCAAAGUGGUACGGGUGCAGCGUGAGCCCGAGCAGCCGCUAAGCACCGGCAAUGUACGGCAAUCGGAAUUUGCUAAGCGUCGAGCACAACGACUUCAAACAACGGUGGAGCCUGAGCCGGUGGAAAGUAUGUGCACCGAGGGCGGCCCGGCGGAAGAAACGCCCGAAGAACCGUCCACAGAAUCGUUGGUUAUGGGAGAGGUCGUUGAACGGAAUCCGGAGCAGAUAUUCCACGGUUCCGGUGGCACGCCGAGCGAUGGUUCUUUCCCCAGGACGCUACACAUUACGACGUAUCCGGGCGCAGUAAAACCGAAGGCGAAUGAACCGAGGAAAAGCAUUUUCGCUCAAAUGGUUUCGAAGGGAAAGGGCAACCCAUCGCAGCCGACGCAAUCGACGGAACGCAAGGACAAGAUCGAGUUUGAGGAAGCAACGGGCAGUGCGCUACUCGAAGGAUGGGAUGCGACGGCGAUUCAUAACGAAAACUUGCGCAAACUGAACCAAAUGUCGGUGGAGGAAAUCAGCAAGGAGCGAAACCACCUGUUGAGCACGCUCGAUCCGAAGCUAGUUAAGUUCCUGAAGGCGCGCAAAAAGCCCAAUACUGCGGUGCGUAAUGAACCACUGCAUGAGAGGCAAGGUACCGAGAGCGGUAAAUGUUCCCCGAAUCCCGAUAUCCUCCCGGCCGGUAUGGAAGUGUUGAAGGAAAAGGGAUCCGAACAGUGGAUAAACUUCGACGUACUGGAACCGGAGAAGCUCGAGUGGACGAAAGACAUUGAGCGCAGCGUGAAGGAACUCAAACCAGGCGAAUCGUAUGAGGCCCGUUUCGAUUGGAAGGGUGUUUUGCAGCCGUACGUUGCAGCAACCUCCCAUCCUCAGCAGACAGACGAUCGAGAGCUGUAUCUCCACGGUGAAGAUGCCCAGCGGCCCGGGUACACCCUGCAGGAACUGUUCCGUUUAGCUCGCUCGAACGUACUGCAGCAGCGCAUUUCCGCGCUCGGGGCCAUCGCCGGUAUGCUAAACAUUGUGAACCAAGGUUUCUACGACGGCGUCCUAGAGCUUCCCGUGUCGAAGGUGUUCUUCUUUCUGCGAUUUGCGCUCGACGAAAACACACCGUCCGUGGUGGAGGUGGCGUCCCGAGCAUUGGCCAGCCUGUUCUACAACGACACGGACGAGAUUCUGCUCGAUACCGUGUUCGAUUCGGAGUACGGUAUGGUGCAACCGGAGCUGGCGCUAAACAUCACCCACAGCCACGAAGAGGAACGAUUGCAACAGCAGCAACGCAUGGAGGCAGGCUUCGGGGCCAUGAAUCUGACCGGCGAUGGUUCGCGCACAGCACGCAAAGCACACUUCAAAGCGCACCUACCCGAUCCGGACGAUCCGGACGAUGUGCACAAUCGCGAAACGAUGAACGAUUUCCAUCUGGCCGAAACGGAUCUCGUCGAGUGUUUGGCGCGCACGAACAUUCUCGAGCGCAUCCGGUACAUUUUGUUCGCGAUGAAGCCCGAGGGGGCAACGGUCAUUAAUUGCACCAAGAUACUGAUUCGAUUGGCACGCACCGGUGAACCGCUGGCGUUGAAGAUUGCAACGAACGAAGCGCUGAUCGGGGGUUUGGUGAAAAACUAUCUCACCUCCAUCGAACGCAACGAACGGGAGCAUCAACCACAGCACGUGGUGUUGAAGUUGGUGCGCAUCCUGUGCGGAUAUGGGCGAGGUUUCUACCAGCAGCAUCUGGGCCGCUUCCACGUGGUGAACCUCGCGAAGCGGUACGUCUUCAGCAGAAAGGAUAUCGAUGUGCACAUGAUUCAAACACAGAUGGAAGCAUUCCGAUUUUUCCGUUUGCUGUUGCAAUGCAAUCCGGACGCUGAUUUGUACAACGAACUUUGGCCCGCCCUGUGCUACCUGCUCGAGUGGCACUAUCAGCAUCUCAUUUUCGACGAGAAUGGCCCAUUUAUCAUCCGCCAGCACGCUGUCGCCUUGUUAGCCCUAAUUGGACCCGGGUUGCAGCAGCAGCAGCAGCAGCAGCAGAAGCAACAGGAUGCAGCAGCAGCAGCUUCCUGCGGUGCAAGUGCGCCCGGUCAGCAGCACCGGCAGCUCUGCGAAAAGCUGUUCGCUUGCUGCUCGAAAUGGUUCACGACGGCCGAACGCAACGGUGCUAACGAGUUCUCACAGAAGAUGCUGCUGGCGGGAUGUUUGUGGACGGUGGGCCGAGCCCGUGCGGCCGUCGUCGGGAUGGAACCGUACACGGCGGCGUUCCUGACGAAAUAUCUUACUCCAUUUGUUCGCAGCGGACGGUUCGGUGAAAUCAUCCAAACGCUAAGCUCAUCGUCCCUGGUGCUGACGCACUUUGAAGACCGGACGGCGUAUGGGAUUGCUUCCUUGCCGUCGCUGGGCGCCGUACAGGUGCGCCGUUACCAAACCGUUCCGACACUAAUUGUGACGAGCAGCUAUCCCGUGCUUCUGCUCCACGCGCUGCUCAGGCUGCUGCUGCCGGACGACGGUCAUUGUGCGGCUGAGCUGAAGGAGCUCGUUUUCAGCAGCGCUUCCCAUCGCCAUUACUUGCAGACAGUGUGCGCACGGACGCGCUCAUCCGACGGUGCUGUUAGUUUGAUUGGAAAUUGGUUUGUCCAGACGAUCGAACAGCGUUAUCUACUGGACGUGCUGCAACUGGAGAAUGGUGCCGGUGGCCGCGAAUCCCGUACCACUGCGCUCGAAGAAUCUCCAUCCAAAACGAAUGCUCUUCAGCUCGCUUUCUUCCUAACGUACUCACUCAGUGAAGCGUUCUAUCCUGCGCUGGUAAAACUGUUUGAUGAUAUCAUCUUCCUUCCCGGGUCCUAUAACGGGACGGUCGAACAGCUGGGUGUAACCGGGGCGGACAUGCAACGAUGGAAGCUUAACUACAAACUACUCGCCCAAAAAGCGAUACAGAAUGAGGUCAAUCUUGCCCCGGACCGUCGGGAUGGAUUUACGGUGACGGAAUGGAAACGGCCGCUCCUGCAGCGCACCUGGCCCUACAGUCCGCUCUAUCUGAUGGUGGAUAAGCUGGAGCGGGGCACACCGAAGCUUGAGCUACUUACCGAAACCGCCAUCAUCAGCACGGGGCUACGGUUUGCGGAGCUUGUCGAAGCGUCCGGCAUCUCGCUGGCCACGCCAACCGAACGGCUCAUGUAUCUGAUGGCCGCUUUCCUUGGGCCCGACUCGAAGUUCCUCGAGCCGGAUCUGUCGGCGCUGAUUGAACGGCGGCUCGCGGCCCUUCGAAACGAGACCGCGCCCGGCGACAAUGUGUUUGAUUUCGAAAGGGCAAAAAUCGAGAACCGUAAAAGCUACUACGGGCUGUACCAGUUGGCGCUGGAUGUGUUUCAAAGCUCGAGCUACGGUCACGGCGGGUUCGGGUGUCUUCUGAUGGCACCGCUGGCACAACGGUACGAUGUCCGCUGGCGCAAUAUGGUGUGGUCGGAGUAUGUGGCCGUGCUACGAUUUAUCACCUGCGAGGAGCAUGAGCUGUUUGGUGCGCUGGCACAGUAUCUCGAGCCGGUCGAGACUGACAGCGUGCUGUUACGGUCGUACGGGCAGACACUCAACUCGAACCUGCUACGGCCGGGAUCGAUACCGCAUCGGAUAGCUCAUCACCACCUACAGGCGUACCGGGCCGCGAAGGUGAAAGUGAUGCCGGCAAGGACAGCCGGAGAACCGGAGGACGGGAUGCUGCACUAAUGAAAGGAAGCGGCGAAAGCAUCGGGUGUGAUAAAUAAAGCGCCAAUUGCGAGCUAGUU